UAUGCCCACAUAUCCCAAUCCCAAUCCAAAUCCGACUCCAACUCCGAGUCGGGGAUUAUAAUGGCCGACAACGACAGCGAUGCGAUGCAUAAACAAUGCCACUUUAAAUUGGCAAUUGUUGCGACAGUAAAUUUUACAAUGAAUUACUACACUGCCAUUCUUCUCUUUCCUUCGAUUUUCGAAACAACAGCUAAAUAAAAGGGUCGAACGGCCAGUCGAAUAUAAUUGCACGUCUCUGGGGCGAAAGUACGACCUGAACUGAACUUGAACUGCAAAUUGGGGCGUAACUAAAUGCCGAUUUACCCAUUCUUUUUUGAAAGUUUAACCUAUGGGGUCGAUUUAGUACAGCUAUAAAAAGGCCGGGUUAAAGGUGUUUUGGUACAGUUCACAUUGGUCUGGUGAUCAGACAACAGUAGUCUAGCCAAGAUUAACUCAUAAACUAGCUGCGGUACCAUGGCUCAAAAGUUCUUCAUCGCCUUUGCCCUCUUGGCCAUUGCGGCUAUCCGGGCAGCUCCUUUCCACGGCCACGAACACCAUGGCCAUCAUGGUGGCGCCACCAGUCAUGCCUCCGUGCACCUAACAUCGCACGACGAUCAUCACGAGGAGCACCACGGUCAUCAGGACGACCAUCACGGACACGAUGACCACCACAACUCCCAUGCUGAAUAUGACUUCCACUACGGCGUCAAGGAUCACAAGACUGGGGAUGUUAAGGCGCAGAGCGAGUCACGACAUGGCCACACGGUUACCGGGCACUAUGAGUUGAUCGACGCCGACGGCCACAAGCGGACUGUCCACUACACGGCGGACAAGCACAAGGGAUUCGAGGCCCAUGUCCAUCGCGAGAAGCUCCACGAUCACCACGCUGCUCACCAGGCGGAGCACCAUGGCCACGGACACAGCGGCUACGAGGGCGGACACGUUGAGUUCGAGGAGCACUCCUCGCACUCCGGACACGACUACAGCCACGGACACGAGGAGCACGGUCACGGACAUGGUCAUGCCCAUGGACAUGGACACGGAAGCAGCUCCCACAGCUACUCGCUGAAGCAGGAACACGGACAUGGACACGGACACAGCCACGGACAGGAUCAUGGCUUCGAGCACGGACACGGCUAUCACUGAGUUGACCACCACACCAUCGAAUUCUUUAUCAAUCGUUUAUUGAACUCUUACCAAAUACCCAUUGUUGUUAUACCAAAAUAAAUCAGGCAAACGUUUUGAAAUAUAAAA